AUGUCCAGACAGUCCACUAUCACCUUCCAGACCAGCAGCCGCAGGGGUUUCAGCACAGCCUCAGCCACCACCCCAGCCGCUGGCCGCUCUCGCUUCAGCUCCGUCUCCGUGACCCACUCCCCGGGGGGCAGCGGAGGACUUGGAAGGAUCAGCGGUUUCGGCAGCCGUAGCCUCCACAACCUGGGGGGAACCAAGCGGGUCUCCAUCAGUGGGUGUGGCAGCAACUUCCGAAGUGGCUUUGGUGGCAGGGCGAGCAGCGGGUUUGGGGUCAGCAGUGGAUUCGGCUAUGGGGGUGGAAUUGGAGGGGGCCACGGGGGCUGCAGCUUCGCCAUCUGUCCCCCUGGAGGCAUCCAAGAGGUCACCGUCAACCAGAGUCUCCUGACUCCCCUCAACCUGCAAAUUGACCCCAACAUCCAACGGAUGCGGAAAGAGGAGCGGGAGCAGAUCAAGACCCUCAACAACAAGUUUGCCUCCUUCAUCGACAAGGUGCGGUUCUUGGAGCAGCAGAACAAGGUCCUGGAGACCAAGUGGAGCCUCCUGCAGGAGCAGGGUACCAGGAUUGUGAGGCAGAGCCUGGAGCCCUUCUUCGAUGCCUACAUCACCGACCUCCGGCGGCAGUUGGACAGCAUCACCACCGAGCGAGGCAGGCUGGAUGCUGAGCUGAGAACCAUGCAGGAUGUCGUGGAGGAUUUCAAAGUCAGGUAUGAGGACGAAAUUAACAAGCGCACGGCUGCUGAGAAUGAGUUUGUGGCUCUAAAGAAGGAUGUGGAUGCUGCCUACUUGAACAAGGUGGACCUGGAGGCCAAGGCCAACUCUCUGACCGAUGAGAUCAACUUCCUCCAGAUGUUCUUUGAGGCGGAAUUGUGUCACAUGCAGACACGGGUCAGCGACACAUCCGUGGUCCUGUCCAUGGACAACAACCGCAGCCUGGACCUGGACAGCAUCAUUGCCGAGGUCAGAGCUCAGUAUGAGGAGAUCGCCAACCGCAGCCGGGCUGAGGCUGAGUCCUGGUACCAGACCAAGUAUGAGGAGCUCCAGGUCACAGCUGGCCGGCACGGCGAUGAUCUCCGCAACACCAAACAAGAGAUCUCUGAGACGAAUCGGAUGAUCCAGAGGCUGAGAGCUGAGAUUGACAACAUCAAGAAGCAGUGUGCCAGCCUGCAAACAGCCAUCGCCGACGCGGAACAGCGUGGGGAGCUGGCCCUCAAGGAUGCACGGGCCAAGCUGGUGGACCUGGAGGAGGCCCUGCAAAAGUCCAAGCAGGACAUGGCCCGGCUGCUGCGCGAGUACCAAGAGCUCAUGAACAUCAAACUGGCCCUGGACGUGGAGAUUGCCACCUACAGGAAGCUGCUGGAGGGCGAGGAGUGCAGGCUGAGUGGAGAGGGCGUUUCUCCAGUUAAUAUCUCUGUGGUCACCUCCACCGUCUCCAGUGGCUACGGAGGUGGCAGUGGUAUUGGCAGUGGAAGCCUGGGCCUCGGUGGGGGUAGCGGCUACUCCUUCACGACCAGUGGUGGGCACAGCCUGGGCGGCUCCAGCUUCAGCAGCAGCAGCAGCCGGGGCCUCGGGGGCAGCGGCUCCAGCGUCAAGUUUGUCUCCACCACGUCCUCCAGACGGAAGAGCUACAAGCACUGA